GCUCACAGCUUCAUUUAAAUAGUGAGGUUAGUUCACAUCAAGCGCAAUGGCUGUCUCCACAGAAAAAUUGAGGACGGAAAUAAAUGCCAUCCUUAAGGAUGCAGAUCUCUCGGUGAUGUCGGCCAAGAAGGUGCGUCAGAUGCUGGAAGAGAAGCUGAGUUGUGACUUGGCCGACAGGAAGAAGGAAGUUGAUGGAUUGGUGAUGGACUUUGUGAAUUCCAAGAAUGAUGGAUCCGGGAGUGAGGAGGAGGAAGCUGAAUCAGAGGAGGAGGAGAAAACUAAGAAACCGGCUAAGAGGCCUCCACCCACCAAGAAGCCCGUGGCUAAGAAGCGCAAGGGCGGUUCAAGCGAUGAGAGUGGCUCAGAUGCCGAUGGCGGUGCCUCCGAUGAGGACUACAAGCCAAAGGGCAAGGGUCGCGGUGCACCCAGGGCAGGGAAGCGCAAGAAGAAUGACUCUGAAUCAGAUUCCGAUGAAGACUGGAAGGCUCCCAAGAAGCCACCCACCAAGAAAGCUGGUGGUCCUGGGAAGGGCAAAGGUCGUGGUACGGGCUUUACGCGCGCCUACACACUUUCGCCCGAGUUAGCAGCUCUAAUGGGGGCAGACUCCCUCCCACGCCAUGAGGUGGUGAAGAAAAUCUGGGCCAUGAUCAAGGAGCGCAACCUCUAUGAUCCCAAGAACAAGCAGUAUGCCAUCUGCGACAGCGAUCUCCUCAAGGUAAUGGGUGUAAAGCGUUUCCGGACCUUCGGGAUGCUCAAGUACCUCCGGGAGCACUUUCUCGACUAGAUUGUCGGGUAACUAACACCCAAUCUUUCCCACUUCUUCACUUGACAUCCUCAAAGAAGGAUGUCAAAAUUGUCUCUAUAUUUUCUUUACGUUUUUUAGAAAUGUAAAGUGCUACUUGAUGUCCAAUUCAGAAAUUUUUUAUUUUUUUCUGAAAAGUCGAUUUAAUUAAAUUUGACAUAUUUUUUCCUUUUAGCAAUUGUUUUUUUUAUAAGAAUUUUUUUUCUUUCAAACUUGAGUGAAGUAAAAUGAAAAAUCUUUGGUAAAAAGUCAAUAUUAAUACAAGAUAUUCCACGAUAUUCUUAAUCAAUUGCAUUUUAGUAUGAUGAGAGUGUAAAGAAAAAUUACAAUUUUCAAGUAAUAAAAUGACACAUUUCGCUUA